AUGAUGACGGAUAUCAGGAGAUACGUCGCUGAAUGCACAGUCUGCCAGCGCAACAAAUACUCGACGUUGACGCCUGGAGGCUUGCUUCAGCCACUGCCUGUGCCAAUAGAGAUUUGGGAGGACAUAUCGAUGGACUUCGUGAAAGGGUUGCCACGGUCCGAUGGGUUCAAUGCGAUAUUGGUAGUGGUGGAUCGCCUGUCAAAAUAUGCGCACUUCUUGGGUUUAAAACAUCCGUUCACCGCGACUGACGUAGCCUUGAUGUUUAUUCGAGAAGUAGUCCGUCUGCAUGGGUUUCCUCGGACUAUCGUUUCUGAUAGGGAUAAGGUGUUCACGAGCAAUUUUUGGAAGGAGCUUUUCCGUUUGGCAGGUACUUCCCUUUGCUUGAGUACGGCGUACCAUCCGCAAACCGACGGUCAGACGGAGGUCACGAAUAGAGGAUUGGAGACGUACCUACGCUGUUUCACCAGUGACAAGCCAAAGGCGUGGGCACAGUUUCUCUCUUGGGCUGAGUUUUGCUAUAAUACUUCUUUCCAUUCCACAAUCAACAUGUCUCCGUUCAAGGCAGUGUACGGGGGAGAGCCUCCACCGUUGUUACGCUUCGAGUCUGGUUCCACGACUAAUGCGGAUCUGGAGAGUCGGUUGAUUGAACGGGAUGGAAUGUUGGAACUGCUACGGGAACACAUGUCUAACGCGCAAAUCGUCAUGAAGGCGAAGGCAGAUGACCAUCGUCGCGUAGUGGAGUUUGCAGUGGCUCGGGUUGGUCAGGUUGCUUACCGUUUGAAGCUUCCCGCGGAGUCUAAGUUGCACCCUACCUUUCAUAUCUCACAACUCAAACGUGUCAUUGGAUCUGCUGUUGAACCGUCACCACUUCCUCCGCAACUUACUCAUGAGGUGUUCCUGGAAGCUACUUCGGAGAAGAUUCUGGCUGUGCGUACUAGCCCAAGCUCCGGGCAGGAGGAGGUUCUGAUUCAGUGGAAGGGUCUGCCCGAGUACGACAAUUCGUGGGAGUGGAAGGUCUCGAUGAAGAAGCGGUUCCCGUACUUCGACCUUGAGGACAAGGUCAAUUUCAAAGAGGGGAGUAAUGUUACGUAUGAGGAUACACGUCCACCUAUACUCUACCGUUACAAGAGGAAAGAGAAGGGCCCGAAGGCGUGA